AUGGGUGUUAAUCUUUACAUAGAGUUGAAGAAGAAAGAGCCUGGUUUCGUAAAUUAUCCCCUCUGCAUAUCAAGCUCUAAUAUAAAAAGAUGUGAGAUAAAAUCAUUCGACAGUACAUCUGGAGCAAUCGUUUGUGCCGAAUCAAAAGCGAAUGAGUCCCACAUUUUUGGUUUAGAAGAAUCUGGUAAUGUCGCAAAUUGUUAUAUAGCAGAAUUGGAUUUGACAAACUACAUAGCUGAUACAAAUGGUGCGGAAGUGAAGGAGAAUCAAUUCUAUAAGGAUAAAACAACUCUAGUUGAUGUUGUUGCUUCAUUAGACUAUCUUUAUUCUGUUUACGAAUUAGGUAUAAGAUACAUUGUGUGUCUAGAGAGAAAAACAUGCACUUGUGGUAGAUUUCAACUAGAUGAGAUACCAUGUCCACAUGCAAUUGCAGUGUUGAAGAGCAAGAACAUUACUGACCUGCACCCAUACUGUUCUGAUUACUACAAACCAGAGGCGUUGGCAAAUACUUACGAAUUACCAAUGGUUCCAAUGCCAGAUAAGAAAGACUGGACUGGUCCGAAGGAAAUUUUAGAAAAAUUUGUCUUGCCGCCAAUAUACAAAAGGAUGCCAGGAAGACCAAAGAAAGGGAGAAAAAAGUUUGCUAGUGAGAAGAUAACAAGUAGCACAAAUUCUUGUGGACGUUGUGGCCACGAAGGCCACAACAAAAAGACUUGUAAUUUCAUUCCUAAAUAG